AUGACGGCAAAUACAGCUGCCAUUUUCUACAAUCCAUCUAACAAUUUUCUCGGGACAAAUCUGCAGCAUAAACAUAGAUUGUUGAAAAAUUCUUCUUCAUUUGCUCGUAGAUUUUCUAACUCAAGAACACUCUUUCUUGGCGGGUUUGUUGGUGACAAACUCUGUGCAGCUAAUGCAAUGGAUGAUGGAUUCAAAGGAGCUUGUGCUCACAGAGAUGAAAAGAGUGAUGGACAAGUUCAAGUGGUUGAACAAGAAGCUUUCAUUGAUGGGUCAUCCGAGUUUCAUCCUAAGUUUUUGUUCCAUGAGCUGGAGUCAACUCUCAAUCAAAUGAGCAAGUGGUUAGUAACUGCCAUAUUUGGUGUUUUCAUUCUUUGGAGGCAUGAUGCAGAAGCCUUAUGGUUUGCAGCGGGGUCUUUUUUAAAUGCAAUGCUUUCUGCUUCGCUCAAACAAAUGCUAAAUCAGAAACGGCCUUCUACCCUGAAAUCUGACCCUGGGAUGCCCUCUUCCCAUGCUCAAUCCAUCUUCUUUAUUGUCCUGUUUAUUAUUUUGUCAGGGAUGAAUGAGUUCACCAUUACCAGCAGUGGCCUGGCCUUAGCAUUUGCUUCCUAUUUUUCAUACCUGCGGGUGUCGCAAAAACUUCACACGGUGAGCCAGGUGAUUGUUGGAGCUGUUACAGGGUCCAUUUGCGCUAUCUUGUGGCAAUGGCUAUGGAAUUCUUUUAUGCUGGAUGUUUUUGUAUCCUCUUCGUGGGUCAGAAUCAUCGUUGUUUUGGGGUCUGUAGGAUUUUGCUUAGGUUUUCUUUUACAUGUGAUUCAACAUUGGCUUAAACGCGAAUAAAAAUCCUGUUACACAUUGUACCAUGUUGUGAGGGCUAAUGCAUUUUAUUUUGGUUCAUCCAAAAUUGAAUUCAUACAACCAAUGUGAUAUCAGUGGAUAUUAAUUCUUCUAUUAAUAAACACAUUUUUUUAUAGGA